AUGCAAUUCGCCAAAGCUCCAAUCUUCCUUGCCUGUAUCACCGCAGCCCUUGCAGCGCCCGCUCAUCAAAAACGCGGCGACACCUGUACAAUUCUGGGUACAACCGGAAUGAGCCAGUCCACCUGCGGUCAAGCGGUCAACUGCAUCGCGGUCUCCAGGACACUGGAAUUAAAGUGCAGCAACGGGGUCAGCUGGGAUAAUGGUGGAGAUAUGCCCAUCGCUCAGACUAUCAAGGCUUCUGAUACCGGCCUUGAGGGAGACAUUGUCUGGGACCAGAAGUGGGAGACUGGUGGAUACGACUGGUGCAAUGCUGCUUAUAAUGGCGGCGAUAAGAUUGAUGGGAAGGUCGAUGACCCUGAGGUUUCGAGUAGCUUUGGAGUGUCUGAUCAGAGUUAUACAUGUAGUGUGACUUUUGAUAUUUGA